AUGGGAUCUCGUAAAGGUGUUAAACGUGGAAAGUACAAAAAACAAUUGCUCAGAUUCGAAGAGUUUCACUGUUCGGAGUGCAAUGUCGGCUUCAAACGCAAAACAGCACUGAAACAUCACAUCUAUACCGUACAUCGCGACUACAUUGUCUUGUGUCCGAUUUGCGAGGGUAAUUUUUCAUCAAUCUCUUCAUGCAAAAGGCAUUUAAGAAAGUUGCAUUCAAUCGAAAAUACCUCAUCAUUCAAUCUGAAACUACAAGCACCGCAAGAAGAAUUGACAAUAUCAUCCGAGCCAGAUGGUGAUUUGCUCGUUACUAGUAGCUCAACUUACAUUGGAUUUCCAUAUAUGGGAAAUUUUUUAUCAUUUGGAGAAAGCAAAUACUACGGCCGUUACAUCGAAGCAAGGUUUGACAUCAACGCCAAAGAAAUUUUGUUUGUGGCACCUGCUUUUGCGGCUAUCAAUUGCGUGUCAUCAACUUGCUGUUUUCAGUGUGGUAAAUCGCCAAAUAGCAAAUUCAUUCAAUGCAAUCAUUGCAUCGACGUGUGGUUCUGUAGUCAACUAUGUAGUGCAAAUAGAACUCAUCGGGCCCAAUGUCACUCUUUAUUUGAUAGCACUGACUGUCACAUCGUACGAACAAUAUAUGAAAUUGUAAGAAAUACACUUGAAUCUGUCCCAGACAUCGAACAUUUUCUCAAUUUUUGUAACGACCUUUUAUGCUCCGAAAAAGAAUUCCGAAACUAUGAACCGCCAUAUUCGACAUACGGUGAAGUUUUAUUUCAUGCAUCGUCUAAGGAGUGUGAUGAUAAACAUUAUGAUAUUGCACAACGGGCUACAAAACGAAUUAUGCAGCUAGAAAAAUUGCGGUCAUCAAAUCGACCAAACCUCCAACGGCUCAUUUAUCAUUUGGCGUAUCAACAUGCCACGGUCAUCGAAGUGAAUUUGUUCUCAAUAGAAUCGCCAAUAUGCCACGGCAUUUGUACACGCUACAUAGUGUACGACGCACCCUCGCGGUUGAACCACUCGUGCACUCCCAAUGCAGAGCAUCGUAUAGACAAUAAUGAUUUUUUUCAUCUGGCAGCAAUAAAGCAUAUCAAAAAAGGCGAACAAAUAUUCAUUGACUAUUUAGGAAGCAAGGAAUUUAAGACAGCGCAUGAAAGAAAGGACUACCUCAAGGAUGUCUGGGAUUUCUGUUGUAACUGCGAAAAAUGCGCUCAAUUGUAA